AUGGCGAGCCUGACCAAGCACCAAUGCGCAGCAGCAGCAACACCUCCAGCACCACAACCACUCGCAACACCAGCUUCGUUUAUGCCUCCGCCUCUUCCACGGACAGACUCAUCUACAAGUUUAAGGAGCGCGAGACCGCAACGACCGUUGUUGCCCAAAAUCGAUCCUUCUAUCGGCUUUCGACCUCCUGUUCUUCACGGCGAACUCACGCCUGCAAGCAGCGGACACAGCUCGCUGAUGUCUCCUGUGAGUGCGACUUCUGGCCCUCAGUCACCAGGGCCAGCCAUCCGCAAAGCAUCUGUACCGGGACCCCGACGUCCACCAUCGCCAGAAUUGACGAAUCUCGAUUGUGCAUUCCCUCCCUUCCCUCUACCUUCGAGGGCUGCCACGACACGAAAGCGUGAGAGAUCUGCGACUCACCGCAGUGAUACAAAACCGUCCAAGUCUCGCGAUGCCCAGAAAGCGUUACCUGUGGGGAGCAGACCGUACCCACUUUCAAGAGGAGGAUCAGAGAACUCAGUGAUGACUCUGGCUCAUCAAACAUCGGCACAGAAGCAGCCGCGUUCACCGAGCCCUAGAAAUGGAGGCAGCCCCUCGCGGAGCACUGAGAGGGACGGUUACCAACAGAAAAGUGAAAAGCCGCCGGAACCAGAGAAGAAACCACCUGAGCCGAUUUCAUUGAGCCAGGGCGAUGGUGCUCUGGAAAUGCUGCAAGCAAAGAGUUUCACGCCAGAGGUGUCAAGCUCUAGCGCCCAGCGAGAGCCGACACCCGACGCAAAAGCGAUCACGGAUUUCAGUGCAUUCGACUUUGGUGACGCAGGAACCAACAAAUUCAAGCCAGAGGCUACGAACCAGGCCCCAAGACUGAUCGAGGAGCGCUCUAGAGCUGACACUGAGCCGUCAUACAGAGCCAAAAGACCCCCGCCACUGCUGGACAGCAAGGAGGUUAUAACCUUGGUAAAAUCACCUACACUCCCACAACCAUCGCCGGUUGGUAGCUUGACGCGGGGACUGGGACGCUUGUUUGGUCGACGACAGUCUCAGUCUUCAGGGUCACGGCGGGAUGUGGUCCGGCAGGCUCUCAGUGACGAGCCAGAUAUGCAUGACAGUUAUUUUACGAGCCGAAGUAUUGUUAGUCCAAUGAGCGACCGGUCACUCAUCGCUGCAGAUCCGUUCCCUGUUACCAUGUCGCCAUCGGUGUCUCCUGGACUAUUGCCGGACCACGAGGCAUCGCUGAAAGCAUUGGAAGGACUGACACCUGAGCGGGCUGUUGUAACUCCGAUGGUUGUCGUGGAACCGGCCAGAGAAGAACCGCUGCGCCCACCGACCCCUCCUAUUGAGACUGACAUCGCUAUAUCACCGAGGUCGCCAGAGACUACUGCGGUGUCGCCUGGUGCCCCAGGUGCAGAGCUCAUCGAGGCUCUUCGACGGGUGUCAGUUGACUCGGCGUCGUCCUACGGUUCGGCUGCAUUCUCCGAGAACACUGCCAGCACCAGAUCGAGUUCACCACAGGCCGAACUUGUUACACACAAAGCGUCCGGACCAUCCAAUUCCGGUGUACUCAACUCGGAGCAUCCUGAUGUGCCUGCACCACUAAGACCAAAGAUCCCAGACCUUCCACCCGAUUCGCCAACGGAUCCGUUCUUUCAGCAAGGUCGUCUAUCACCACUCCCAGACCUUCCCACCCGCGAAUCUGACUCGACAGACUCACUAUUCUCGUUCUCAGUGGGUCUACAAACAAGCCCCAAAUCAACCCAUGCUCCUCAGGUGUCAUUGAGCAGCAGUGCCAAGUCUGCAGUUCCCCAUAAAGGAGUCUGUCGCGGCUGUUCUCAGCUGAUCCUCACGGGACAAAAGUCAGUGUCGAGCGCAGACGGUCGGCUAACUGGCCGGUACCACAAGGAGUGCUUUGUGUGCUGGGCAUGCAAGAUUGCGUUUCCGACGGCUGAAUUCUACGUUCAUGACGAUCACCCGUACUGUGCUUACCACUACCACGAGCUAGAGAAUUCUCUCUGUGCUACCUGCGGCAAAGGAAUCGAAGGCCUGUAUAUGGAAACCGCCAACGUCGCGGGGCGCGGCAAAGAGAAGCAUCAUCCGGAAUGCCUAAAGUGCACAACUUGCAAGAUCCGACUGGACCACGACUAUUUUGAAUUGUCUGGGAAGGUCUACUGCGAACGAGAUGCGUUUCGGCUUGCAACCUUACCAAGAUCCCAUGACAAUGCUCCCAGCCGCCCGAGCCCACUGAUUCGAGAGUACAUCUCCAGUGGAGACCCUGGACUCGUAAAGGGCAGGAAUUUCCCCGAGCGAAGAACGACCAGAUUAAUGACGAUGACCUAA